UUUGCGAGGUUCGGGCGAUGGCAAACGCGCACCUGCUUUAGAGGCAUUACGGUAGCGCAGCAAACUGUCCCCCUCGCAACACACACUCCACUCGUUCACUCACACAGCCCUAGUGAUUCAACAGUGAUUUCCAGCGAACGAGCAAGCAACAGACGGGAUGCCAAAAAGUGAGGACCGGUGGAGAGGUUGUUCGCGCUGAGUAAGCCUCUUGAAGAGAUAGCGAGGAGAAGCAGACGCCACAAAACAAGACGAGAAGCUGCGCGCUUUCUCCGCGGCAACUUGCGCACAGUGCCAGAGUUUUAGCGGCAGUAUUGUUCUGACUUCACUCCAGAGGGGCCACUCCGAGGAGAGAGGACGCACACAAAAGGGAAAAGGAAAGGACUAACGAGCACACUUUGUCGUUUAAAGUAAUGGUCCUGCGGUCUUAGAUCCUAGAGUUCUCUGUCUCUCUCCCCUCUCUGUUUCUUUCCAUUUUUCUUUUUUUUCGUCCCGUCGGUUUGUGUCCCCCUUUGUCGCCGUGAGAGAGUGGACGCGCCGGGGCUUUGAGGAGCAGAAGCGGGGCUGUCCACAUGGUCCAACCACUGGCGUGAAAGUUGACUUCUUCCGAAAACAAGAGAACAGGUGCCAGUGAUGAUGGUGGAAUCAGCCUCUGAGACCAUUCGAACGACACCGUCCAACCAGAACGGAGUCAGCAGCCAAUCAGAUGGAGGGGGAGGCAGAGAGGGCGGGUCUAACGGAGACACCAAUGGAGAGAUCAGCCCAGUCGACUUACUGCACCUGCAACAGCAACAGGCGCUCCAGGCAGCCAGACAGUUCCUCCUCCAGCAGGCCUCUGGACUCAAUUCCUCUGGCAGCAACGAGGUCAAGCAGAGCCCUGUGCAGGUGCCUGUGUCCAUGGCUAUGAUGAGUCCACAGAUGAUCACUCCUCAGCAGAUGCAACAGAUCCUGUCUCCCCCACAGCUCCAGGCCCUGCUGCAGCAACAGCAGGCUUUAAUGCUACAGCAGUUACAGGAGUACUACAAAAAGCAGCAGGAGCAGUUGCAUCUCCAGCUUCUGACUCAGCAGCAACAGCAGCAGCAGCAACAGCAGCAGCAGCAGCAGCAGCAGCAGCAGCAACAGCAACAGCAAGCCGGGAAGCAAGCGGCAAAAGAGGUGAACUUCACCAAGUACAUGCUCACUCAACUCAAUCCGGCCCAGCCCACCGCCGCCAUGCAGUCUCUGCAGCAAGCAAUGUGUCCGUCAGACCUCCAACAGCUGUGGAAGGAGGUGUCAGGGGUGCAGAGCAGUGAGGAGGCCCUAAAACAGGCCGAGGGCCUGGACUUGAGUACCAAUAGCUCCAAUUCUACCUCAGCCUUCCCCAAAGCUGCCAGUGCUCACAUCCCAUUGCACAGCUUGGUCAACGGACAUAGCCACACCCCAAAGAGAGACAGAGCCAGACUGUUUGAGUGGAUAUCCUCCUUCACCAAGUCAGACAGCGGAGAUGACCAUGUCCCCCUUUAUUCCAAAGGUGGCCAACCCCCCAGCAGCCAUCAUGAGGAGCAUGCCGGCUCCCAUCCUCUCUACGGCCAUGGAGAGUGUAAGUGGCCAGGCUGUGAAGCACUGUGCGAGGACAUGGGACAGUUCAUCAAGCACUUGAACAAUGAGCAUGCCCUAGAUGAUCGCAGUACUGCUCAGUGCCGAGUCCAGAUGCAGGUGGUUCAGCAACUGGAGAUACAGCUGGCAAAAGAGAGCGAGCGACUCCAGGCCAUGAUGACCCACCUGCACAUGCGCCCUUCAGAGCCAAAGCCUUUUAACCAACCUCUGAACCUGGCUUCCAGUGGCUCUCUGUUAAAGCGGGACAGUGAUCUCUACCCAGAGGGUCUUCCCCACCCCCCCACCUCAGCUGCCACCCCUAUCACCCCACUGCGCCAGGGUCCCUCAGUCAUCAGCUCCUCCAGCCUGCACACACACUCUCACUCCCACACGCACGGCGUUGGGCCCAUACGUAGGCGCAACUCCGACAAGUACUGCACCCCCAUCGCCUCAGAGCUGGCUCAGAACUGUGAGUUCUACAAGAACGCUGAUGUCAGGCCUCCCUUUACCUACGCCUCUCUUAUACGUCAUGCCAUUCUGGAGUCCCCAGACAGACAGUUGACUCUCAAUGAGAUCUACAACUGGUUUACACGAAAGUUUGCCUAUUUCAGGAGAAACACAGCCACAUGGAAGAAUGCUGUGCGCCACAACCUGAGUCUGCACAAGUGUUUUGUUCGCGUUGAGAACGUGAAGGGAGCCGUGUGGACUGUGGAUGAAGUUGAAUACCAAAAGAGGAGACCACCAAAGAUGACCGGAAGUCCCACUCUGGUGAAAAACAUGAUUUCAGGCCUAGGCUUUGGAUCCCUAAACGCCAGCUACCAGGCGGCUCUGGCAGAGAGCAGUCUGUCUCUGCUGAACAGCCCUUCCCUGGUAACUCCGUCUGCGGCCAGCCUCAACAUGCUGCAUGUGGGCCACGAUGAUGUCAGCUCCACUGUGGAGCAGGUCAAUAGCAAUGGCAGCUGCAGCCCCACGCUCAGCCCUCACCAGUACAGCCACCAGGUGCAUGUGAAGGAGGAGCCCACUGAGGUGGAGGAGGACAGUCGGUCAGUAUCCCUUCUGGCCGGCAUCACACACAACCUGCCAUUGCCGAGUGACGAGCGCGACCUGGAGGAGGAUCUUCCUACUGAGGAGCUGGAGUAGGACAGAUCCCAGAUGGACCAGAGGGACGAGACAUAGCGAGAUCAAUCCCUGAGCCCUCUCGUCAGUGUGAAGAGGAAAAGAUAGCUACAGUACACUUAAGAGAAAAGAGAGAAAAAGACAAUGUUUUUUUAGUUUUUAAGAAAAUGCAAGCAACCAAGGACAACAUUGAGAAACUCCAAACAGGGUUUGAUGACCUCCAUUACUUACAGACACAAAGACAAGACUGCGGAGCACUGCUUUACCUCCAUGUGUUUCUUUUCCAACACUUGGCUCAAAGAUGUACCACUUGAUGCACCACACACACACACACACACACACACACGAACAACACACGACAACACACACACACACACACACACACACACACACACACAUGGUCACUUGUCACACCAUGUCUUAUCAUCCUCCCUAGUCAUAUCAGCCUCUGUGUAGAGACCCUUAGAGGUUUGGACACACACUCUCCUCCUUGCCCAACCACUCUGCAUACGCCCUCGUUGCUGUUGUUUCGGGCUGCCUGGCUAGCAGUUUUAUCUCAAAAAUCAUUUGAGAAGACGCACAGAUGUGUAUGUGUUCGAAAGAGAAAGACACACACACAGGAUCAUGUGUAUAUAGAUUUGGAGCAGUCACCAGAGGCUGUGCAGUAGGCCUAUACCUCUCCUUCUUCCCCAUCUUUGAGUCAAUCACUUGCUUUUUCAUUUUCUUUGAUUUGAUUGAAAUGAAACUGGCAGGCUUCAAGAUGGGAAGGAAGGAAGCAAGCUUUCAAAGAUUACCUCCAUCAGUGCUCCAACACUUCUGCAGAGCAGGCUCCUGUCUCCACAUGAGUGUGUGAGCCCACGGCGAGGUUGUGGCCCUGGUCCCUGACCAAACUUCUGCCCCCAGCAAAGACACUUAGUGACUGACGUCUUUUAAACUCUUUGCUUCUAAGUGAGAAAAAGACUUUUCCUACCCCACCCUCAUCCCUUCCCAUCCCCAAAAGACUGCAGGAAUUGGACCAUUUGGUGCUGUCCUUCUCCUCUCCUCCAUCUGCGGAUGGAGCGAUGAGCUUGGAACACUUUGAGAAAGAGAAGAAAAGAGGGGAAGCAGAGAGAAAUGAGGGAGAAAAUGUCUACAGAAAUAUUGUGACUAAAAAAGAAAACUGUUCAUGAUUAUGGAAUAUAACAAGAAAAAAAACGUGUGGUAGCUUUUGUCAUUUCCUUUUUUAUUUGAUGUUUAUCAUUGUUUAUUUUUGAGGAUCAAUAUUUCCACGGUGGCGUUCCGUUUCAACGUACCUUUUCUAAGAAUGCUGUUUUUGUUUUUGUAUUGUAAAUUGUUUGAUUUACUCUGGCUGUUCACACCAUUCCAAAUGAGUAUUGGCAACAACAAAAAGCGCAGUAUUGUCCCAAGUUGUGAUACCCGACCCCUACUCCCACCCCUUUCUGUCCAAAGUGUAGCAGGCAAGAAAUUUGGAAAUGCACUUAAAGUUGCCAUUGUCCAAACAGAUUAUUUAACAGCAGAAUCAUUUUUUAUUCUCUCUCAUUCGCUUGUUUUUGGUUGUGUAUUUAGUUGAGAAAUGUCAGUAAUGCUUUAAAAAUAUUGAUAUAUAUAUAUUAUUACUGCAGUCAGAGAAUACCUCAACCCACCAAGGUUCUGCCUGGAACGGUGUCCAAAUUAAUUAACAAAUAAGGGGGAAUUCUUUUAGUGGGACACCAAAUGUGGCAACUCUGCUCAGCUUCGAUUCAAAGCUCUAUGGUUGUAAUAGUUACUGUUUAGAAGCUAUCUGAAAUUCACUGUGUGAGUUUGUGUUAAAGGAAUAGCACGUGCGAUUUAUGUUUUUGUUUGUUUUCCGUGAGCAUAAAAUCAUUACUUUUCUCUACAGUGCCAUACCAAAUUUAACAUUUAUUUUAAUCUAUUAUCUGCUUAUUCCCAUUUUAUUUUUGUUACCGGUAACCAAAGAAAGAUGUAGAAAACCAAAAACCCUGUAUUUUAGGCCCUUUUUGAGUUUCUUUUUUUCCUUCUUCAAGGAUUGGCCAAAAGACAACAAACCAGGAGUUUUCAUUCCUAUUAUUGUAUUCAUAUAACUAUUAUGUUGAAAUUAUACAUGGAUUACAGUGCUGACCAUUCCGAAAACCAAAGUGUGUUAAGCAAACUAGAAUUUGGAGACAUCAGAGCUUUUACAUGAUAAGCGGUUACAAAUGACUCACAUUAGGUAUGAGUCCAAAAAGUAGUAUUAACAAACCUCACACAGUUCCUCUGAAAAACAAAAAGAAAGAGAAAAGAAAAAAGCACUUAGAGGUGAAACCCUGUCUCUCCCACACUCAGACUAAACUGUGUUCCAAACACAAUCCUAGGACUGGCCCUACUGCUGCAUGAGCAGACCUAAAAAUGAAGCACUCGAGAGGCAUUUGAACACUUUUCGAUUUAAAGAAUACUUUUCUGGGGCUGUUUAGCAAACAUUUGGAGGUUUUUUUCAAUCUAGGGAACAAACAUACAUCUUGAUCUGUAUGUAGUAUUUCCAAGAAGAAGAAGUGUACUCUAAUGUGGUUAUAAAAGUCACAUCUUUGGACAAGGAGGAUUUAUUCCAAAACAGUUAUAGUACAAUAAAGAGGGAACAAUUCAAAAUAAUGAAAAAAACAUGUAAGAGGAAAACAACCAAGGGACAUCAUGUAAUUGAAAGUUUGGUUCAUAUUUUCAUACUUUUUGUCAAACUAUCUCUUGCACUUCAGACGAUUUUUCUUGUUUAAUGAAAGAACCUUUCUGAUGACUUUGAGUUCAAACAGGACUGUUUCCUGUCACAUUAGAGACUGAUUUCUAACAAAGUACAAAGUGGCAGACAGACAUCUUGAAACAAGAUAAAAACCAAAAAUAACACUACCUCCUUUUCAAAACGGUUUAACACAUAGCCAAUGGGAGACUGACCUCUCUAAAAUAUUUUUUUUUCUCCAUUCUCACUCGAUGAUAAUAUCGAAUGCCAAAAUUGUUGUUACACUUACUGUAUGACUGACACAAAAAAGCUAUUUGGCGAUCUGGACUCCCAAACACAUCUGCUUGAGCCCAAAAACAUAGAGACGUUUCACUUUCCAUGGAAUUAAAAAUGACUACCUCUCCUUAAACCACAUCUAAAGCACUCUCUAUGUCUCAAAGUCUGUUGUGAAGUGCUUACUAUAUAUGAAAAGUUUUCUAUCAGCUGUGUAAAAAAUGACCAUAUUCCUGCACCCGUUUAGCACUGAGCUAUGUGAACAGCCUCUCAACUGUGUGCUCUGACUAUACGUGUGUAUAUUCAUGAUCUCAGCCAACGAGAAACUGGUCGUUAAUGGCUUUGUUGUGUUGUAGGGAGCUGGUUGUCGGGGGUAAUGAUGGACAGAAUAUAUCAGUGCCACCACAAACACACACACGCACACACACACACACACACACACACACACACACACACACACACACACACAGGCGUAUGGAUUAGUGCAACAGCGGCUCUGACCAUCCAGAAAUCCAAAGACCCACAACACAGCAGCACCUGCUUUGCCAAACACUCACAUAGACGCUGAGAGGACUAACACACACUUAAUGAAACUCAUCACUACUACUAGUAAUAUCCAGACCAAGAGGAACUGCUGCAUACAGUACAUAGAUGUAAUGUACACCUGUAAACAAAGUUGUUUUAUAAAGAUGUAGAUUGUUCACAGGUCGCCAUGUAACACUUCUGUUCUUUCUCCAGCUUGGCAUAACAUGAUGUAUUCUUGUAUAUUAUUGCUUGACUUAUCUUUCCAGGGCAUUCUUUCCCAUGUUGUCCUUUGAUUUUCUCUUCUUUGUUUUCUGCACCUGUUUAGCUAUUGUAAAGCUUUCAGCUCUGAUUCCUAUACUGUACUGCUAAUGCUGAAGUAUAUGUAUUUAUCAUAUUAUGUGCUGCAGGUAUCUUGGUUUAUUAGUUUUGAUUUUGUUUUGUUUGUUUUCAUUUUUUCAGUUCUUCAUAAAACGUCUGGGACGCUGAUUUUUUAAGUGUAUUAUCUCAACAAAAAAAUGAAAAUAAUAAAAGUUAGAUCAGUGGUUUAGGUAACACCUGUUUGUAUAUUUAUCUUAGCUAGGUCUAUUUUGAUACUUUUUUGUCUCUGUACUGCAUUUAUGCAUUUUUAAGGAAAGAAAAAAACAAAUGGAAAACAAACUAAAAAGUUACUUCAUUAUGUAUUGAUACCUCAGAAGGACUUUUUCAAAGACAGGACCAAAACCUCUGAAAAGAAAAAAAGAAAGAUGAAAAAUUGUAACAAUAUGUAGCCCCUCUCUUGCUUUAAAAAAAAUUGCGGAGCUCUAGAAAGAUAUUGCUGUUGGUCCUCUCAGGUGCCAAUAUGUGUCCCAGCUCCCUGUGACCCCUCCCUGUGACCCCUGACCCCUGUCAUACCUGUGCUGAACUGAACCGACCCACAGAGCUGUCAAUCAUCUGCAGGCACUGUGGGGGUGUCACUGAGUCACACAUCUGUCUGGUGGUGACCAGUCAAACCUCAUCUCACAGUCCCAGAGAGACAGAUCAAAGCCUGGCCUUGUUGCAUUUUUGAUACUCCUCCUCUUAUGUAGUCUCAAUACCAAAAUGUGGAAUGACUCUCAGAGAUGCAGCUCAUCAUCUGACUACCAAAGGCAUUGAACGCAACCCAUUUGCUUAGUCCAAACUUCUGAACAGUAACCAAACUGUAACCAAACCAAUGCCACAACUUUAACCAAACAAAAAACAAGCUACAUCCAAAAGUCUCCAUUGACUUCACUGAUUACCUUUACUGAUGUAAAGCUGUUAUCUCUCGUACAUCCACGUAAUAGUGUUUUACUAUUGGCUGGUGACUGACUCAAAGGACACAGGGAGCCCAACUCCUGACUUGUGAUUUGACAGUUCUGAGGUGUCAUGUGAGGGGGAAGGGACUCCUAAAGUGGAGCAUUGCCUGACGGCAUUAUCAAGUAGACAGCCUGAAUCCGAUGGAACUACCACUUCUCUCCUCUGGUUAAACCUAAGGAAUGUGUGUACAUUUUCAGCAGUGACUCUCUGUAUUGUUUCUUUUAGUUUCAGUUUACCUCUUUAUCUGUUUACCUCUCUUUAUCCUUUCUGUUUCUUGUUAUUUGAAAGUGUGACCCGAGGAAGAGGCAGAGACAGGGACUGGGUGGUGGCUUUAGACAGACAGUGGAGCCCAACCCUUUGACCCUCCACCCCGGGUAGCCAUGUAAUGCCAGUCACUGCCCUUUCCUUCAUGCUGUAUAAAAACACACACAUAUAUCUGUGUAUUUGUAACCUGAAUCUUCUUGUGUCUGUCCAUGCAGACAAUAAAAAAACUGUACAGUAGGUCUAGUUGCAUGUAAUCUGUACUAAUUAUUGACAAUGGCAUUAUAAAAUGCAAUAAAAUACUUAUUACACUGUC